UCCCACGGGGCUGCGGGGGUCGCCCAGCGCCCCGGGAGCCUGCACGGCCCCGAGCGCGGGUGACAGCCGGCACCGCCGCUGCGCCUGCCAGGACAGACACACAGACACACCGGCGGGGCCCCAGCCUGGCCGAGCCUCUUCCAGAAAAUGUUCCGAUGUAAAAGGAGUUCCCUCUGUGCCUGCAUCCCUUGAUCAUGCCCAUUUCAAACGCUUGCGCUGCUAAUUAUUCAAGUGCAAGGGCUGCUGUUUCUGAGGCCGUGCGGCAGAGCCGGGCGGGCCGCAUUGCUGCGGGGCAGCCGCCGGGUUUGCGCUCGGCGUCACCGUCCGGCGGCCGCUGGGGCAGCGGCGCCCAGCUGGGCACCAUGAGCUCCGGCACCACCGCCCCGCCGAAGGUCGUCAGCAACCUCACCAGCACUGAUGUCAACUAUGUCAUCAAAGAGCAUUAUAAUUACACGGGAAAGCUAAAUGAGAAUGCGGACAGUGGAAUAAAAGUGACAUCGGUGGUUUUUAUCAUCAUUUGCUGCUUUAUAAUCUUAGAGAACAUUUUUGUCUUGCUCACCAUCUGGAAAACCAAGAAGUUCCACAGACCCAUGUACUAUUUCAUUGGGAACUUGGCUCUUUCGGACUUGCUGGCUGGCGUGGCGUACACUGCCAACCUCCUGCUCUCUGGGCACAAAACCUACAGCCUCACCCGCUCCCAGUGGUUUGUAAGGGAAGGCAGCAUGUUCGUGGCCUUGUCAGCUUCUGUGUUCAGCUUGUUGGCCAUUGCCAUCGAGAGAUACAUCACCAUGCUGAAGAUGAAACUCCACAAUGGCAGCAACAGCUUCCGCUCCUUCCUGCUGAUCAGCGCAUGCUGGGUGAUCUCCGUGAUCCUUGGGGGACUCCCCAUCAUGGGCUGGAACUGCAUCAACCUCUUGUCCGACUGCUCCACCGUGCUGCCCCUCUACCACAAGCACUAUAUUCUCUUUUGCACCACCGUUUUCACUGGCCUUUUGCUAUCUAUUGUCGUCCUCUAUUGCAGGAUCUACUCCAUGGUGAGGACUAGGAGCCGCAGGCUGACGUUUCGGAAAAACAUUACCAAAGCUACUAGGAGCUCAGAAAAGUCGCUAGCCUUGCUCAAGACAGUGAUCAUAGUCCUGACUGCCUUCAUUGCCUGCUGGGCUCCCUUGUUCAUCCUGCUUUUGCUGGAUGUGGGCUGUAAAGUGAAGACCUGCCCAAUCCUCUAUAAAGCAGAAUAUUUCUUAGUACUGGCCGUGCUCAACUCAGCCACGAACCCUAUCAUCUACACCUUGACAAACAAAGAGAUGCGGAGGGCUUUCAUCAAGAUCCUGUGCUGCUGCAAAUGUCCCCCGGCUGAUUCGGGGACCAAAUUCAAGAGGCCGAUCAUCGGAGGGAUGGAGUUCAGCCGGAGUAAGUCUGACAACUCCUCCCACCCACAGAAGGAGGAAGGCGACCGUCCUGAAACCAUCAUGUCUUCGGGCAACGUUACCUCAUCAUCUUAGGAGUAACCACGGGGGUGUAUUUCAGAGCCUUCCUCUGAAAUGGGGGAGCUGAGACGCCCCCCGCUCACGGCGGCAGCGUUGGGCGAAGUGAGCAAGUAGCAUUAGUUCUAACGAGGCAAACGGUGCACUUGCGAGGCUGGAGUUCAAGAAACGGGACAGACUGUUCUGGCUUGAAAAAUCUUUUUCCCUGGAGCAUGUUUUGUCUUUGCACUGAGGCAGCCGAGGAUUGUCAGGCUCAUUCAUAUCCUGAAAUCUCCUUAGUAACUCUGAAAGACUGAUGCCUUGGUGAAAUGAUGCCUGGUGUGUGCGAGAGAAAGAGAGAGGGGGAGGCGGGAGAGGGAGAAUGAAUCUUUCUUUUUUUUUUUUCCCUGUGAAAAGAAUGUGAAGUUAUUUCUCCUUUACUUGCAGCAAACCCCUGACACAAAGAUCUUUCUGUACUGAGUUUAGUGGUGGCUCUGGUAUCCUUGGUCAGGAGCGUUUGUUUAGCACGUAACAAGGAAAGAGAUCACACAAAUAUAAUUUAAACCAUGUACAACCAUAAUUCGGCAUCACUUUCCAGAGUUUUUCCGUAAGUCAUAAGGUUUUAUGUGCAAAGUCCAAAGCCGUUGGGGUUCAUUUAGCGAGAUCAGAGCUGUGAAUCUUUGCUGUCAGUCCCUGUUCCGUUUGAAGACCACGAGCCAGACUCUGCAGUUACUUCCACCUGUACAAUUCCGUUGGCUGUGUCAGAUUUCAUGGAGUAGCUCAGAGCAGCAUUUGGCCCCAGACGUUGAUUGCCUUGUUAUUCCAUAGCAUUAAAUAAGCUGCAUUAUCAUGACAAAUGCAAGGUAGAACUAAAGGUCGUUUCCCUUCAAGACGACUGAAGGUAAAUCCAAAAGUGUAACAUACCGUUGACGGCGGCAGGGGUUUUGCCUAAGAAAGAAGAGCGAAAAACUAAAAAGGCUUGUCAGUGUCAGGUUCACGGUCCUUCCAAAGGCGAAGGUCGGUCGGAACACCUGAGAAGAAUACCUUGAGUUUCAGAAAAGCAAAAGGAAAGCUGAAGUGAAAUGGCUAUAGAUAAAUGCACUUCCGUAACAAAAUGCAAUAUGUUUUGGCACAUUUUAUUAAUGUUUAUAAUUUCAGCAAACAUGUCUGUAUUUUAUCAGUUCACGGAAGAAGUACCUGUCAUUAAAUUGAAUGUAUUUGUUUUACAGCAUCGUUUUUACUCGUCUGUUUUUCUAACCUGUGCUAAUGGGGUUGAAUGUGUACAAUGUAAACAAGUUAAUGAGAUGCAGGAGCCUUCGUGCCCUGGAGUAUUACUGUAACAAAAGUGGUAUAUCUGGGGUAGCUGAGAGCAGUUGACUGAUUUACAGUUACGGGCAGUUCCUAGGGGUGGUAUUUUUUAAAGAAAAUUUAUUACCUUUGUAGUAAAACUUCCAGUGCAAUUAAACGGAUUUUUUUUUUUUUCUGGUUUAAAAAAUAGUAUUUAAAAAGUUUGACUUUUAUUGUUCAAUUUGCACAUAGCUUUAUUGACUUCUAAACAUUAAUAAACUGAUUUUUUUAAAGAA